AUGGCAACCUCGAGGCUCCCUUUGGUUCGCCGUACUCUUUUUCUUCUUCAUCCCAAUCCUCCGCCGCCCUUUCCCCAGCUCUCGUCACUUUCUCCGCCGCCGUUUAAAUACUCCCCGUUCAAGCGUUCGUACGCUCGAUGCUCUUCCGUUUCCAUGGAAGAAUCUGCUUCAUCCAAACCCAUCGAUACAGAAAUUCGAAGAAACAGCAAAAACCCUAGCUGGAAACCAAUGUGCUUAUACCACACUCAAGGUAGGUGCACUAAGAUGGAUGAUCCUAUGCACGUUGAGAAAUUCUGCCAUAGUUGCUCGUUGGAGCUCGGGGGAGAUGUUGCAGAGGUACGGAGUCUCCGUGCUCAAGAGUUCGACUACUUUCUAGUGCUGGAUUUGGAGGGGAAAGUCGAGAUUUUGGAGUUUCCGGUGCUGUUAUUCGAUGCGAAAACUAUGGAUGUGGUGGAUAUGUUCCACAGAUUUGUGAGGCCUACAAAGAUGAGUGAGAAACGAAUAAAUGAGUAUAUUGAAGGAAAAUAUGGAGGAUUUGGUGUUGACCGUGUUUGGCACGAUACAGCAAUAAAGUUUGAUGAAGUUAUCGAGCAAUUUGAAGCUUGGCUAAGAAAGGACAGAGGUGGACAAAUCCAGUUAUGGAGAGAAGAUGGAGAUGGGCGUUUGAAUGGAGCAGCAUUCGUAACCUGUGGAAAUUGGGAUUUGAAGACCAAAGUACCUCAGCAAUGUGAAGUAUCAGGGAUGAAACUGCCACCAUAUUUUAUGGAAUGGAUAAAUCUCAAGGAUAUUUACCUGAACUUUUACAACAGAAGGGCACCAGGAAUGAUGUCGAUGAUGAGGGAACUCCAAAUCCUGCCGUUAGGAAGUCACCAUCUCGGCAUUGACGAUUCCAAAAAUAUCGCCAGAGUUUUGCGUCGUCUUCUUACUGAUGGUGCCAUUGUACAGCUCACGGCAAGGCGAGUCCCGGGUUCUCCAACGAAAGUUGACCAGAAAAACGAAGAGGUUCAAGACGAGGAGAGUGAUUUUUCAAUGGGGAAGCUGAUCAGACAAGCUUCACUGACCAAUUCGGAAAGCUUUCCCCCAAGAAGACAUGUCAAGAAAUUAGCUCCAAACUCUAGCAUAUCAAGGCAUGGAUCAAUAAUGAAGACGGACCUAAGUAAACUCGAGGGCACGUCUGGCAAGAUCAUCAGAGCUCAACGCGUAAUGAAUCAACUCAAGACACAAAAGAGUAUGAAUGAUCUCGAGUUAUACAAUGAACUCCAAGGUUUCAAGGACUUGCGUUUAGAUCCGGAGUCGUCUAAUGGUCAAUCUUCGGCUCCUCCAAACGGUAAUAAGUCGGCAGAGGACAUCAAGGCUCAAAUCAAGUUCUGGGCUCGAGCCGUGGCUUCAAACGCUCGUCAGGAAAGCUGA